UCCCCAGAGCCAGACCCGGGCAGAGCCCUCCGCUGCCGCCGGCUCCCAGCCCUGGGACCGCGCCGAGCUCUGCGCGCCGCUUCCCGCCGCCGAGGAGGAGCCCCUCCACAAAGGAGUGAGGCGGCAGCAGGCGGGGAUCCACGCACGCCCGGCCGCCCCGUCCGGAUGCGGUGAGCCCCCCGCCUCGCCUCCGGGGCCGCGCCAGUGCGGGAGGGAAGAAGCGCGGCAGCGGCGGCGGCUCUCCGGCUGCCACCAUGGGCUGCUGCACGGGGCGCUGCACGCUGAUCUUCCUCUGCUCGCUGCAGCUGCUGGCAGCAUUAGAGAGACAAAUCUUUGACUUCCUGGGUUUCCAGUGGGCUCCUAUCCUUGGCAAUUUUCUACAAAUAAUAGUUGUCAUUUUGGGCUUGUUUGGAACCAUCCAGUUUAGGCCUCGAUAUAUUGUCGUGUACACGGUGUGGACUGCCCUGUGGGUCACCUGGAAUGUUUUCAUUAUCUGCUUCUAUUUGGAAGUAGGUGGGCUUUCUAAGGAAACGGAUCUUAUGACCUUUAACAUCUCGAUGCACCGCUCCUGGUGGCGGGAGCACGGGCCCGGCUGCAUACGGAGGGUGGUGCGUCCUUCUUCCCCUGGCAUCCUAGAGGAUUACUCCUACGUCUCUGUGACAGGCUGCAUCAUUGAUUUCCAGUACCUGGAGGUCAUUCACAGCGCCAUCCAAAUACUCCUCUCCCUCAUUGGAUUUGUGUACGCCUGUUACGUGAUCAGUAUUUUCAUGGAGGAGGAGGACAGCUUUGAUUUCAUAGGUGGACUUGACACAUACUCCUACCGACAGCCCCCCCAGGAACAUGUUGAGUUAAAGCCUGUAAAGCCUGUAGGUCGAAGUAAGUAAUGAACAUGGACUCAAGACUUCUGCUGCUGUAGCUGAAGAAACAGAUUUUAGAAAAAAAAGACCAAUCUUGUGACUCAUUGUUCUGGAAGAAACCCACCACAUCUGUUCCUCACGGCGUGUGGAUUGUUCUUCCCACAGGCUCAGUGUCAUUAUCAGCGUUGUUAUUUCGUAGAUCCUUGUAGAUGAUCUUGAAUUUUUAAAUAAUUUACUUAUAUGGACACUUGUAAAUUGUAAAUCUUUUCUUUUUUAAUUUCAAUAUUUUUACAAUGUUUAGUGUUGAGGCAUGAAAAAAAAACCCAACCUGUGAAAACUAGGAGGAGGGUGCGUCUUUCUCAAAAAAUCAGUAUUUUUUGACUGAUAGGAUCAUACUGUGCCUGGUCAAGAUUGUGUCAGUAAACAGUAAUUUUGACUCCAAAAUAUGUAGCAGGAGUCAAACCCUUACAGUGUUCAAGAGAUCAUUUCAAUGCUGUCUUAGAAUUCACGAUGUCCACUUCUUGCAUUGUUUGAACUGCUGAAUGCAGUAGGGAUUGAUCUAUGACUCUUCUUACCCAGAUGUUCAAGCACUAAUGUACUCACCUAAUUGUUGCAAUUCAUAUAUGACUCCUCCUUUCCUAAUCUCUUUUGCCCCAAGUCGAUCUCAAGUAGCUGUCUCUGAUUUGAAGAGAAGUAGGACAACUGCUCAAUGGAUGCCCACCUCUAGGAACCCUUACACCCAGGGCUGUUUAGAUGUCUGUGAUUUGCACAUUUUUAAACUCCUUUCCUCCCUUCUCCCAGGAAGAAGCCAAGCAUGAAUGUACAGUACAAGGCACCAACUGAAGCCUUAGAAGCCUCUGGAGACUAAUUUUUCUCUUAAUUUAAAAAGUAAACAAGCAAAACUGAAAAAUGAGUGUAAAAUUUGUAAAGUUAUUUGUAAAUACUUCUAGACAAAGAACAUGUAUGUAACUGUGGUAUUUUGUUUUCUAUUCUGUCACCACUAGCAUAAAGUGAUACACAAAGCUAUUUUCUCUGGAGAGCUGGCAGUCUUUUUAACAGAACACUUUGUUUCUUUCAUCCUAAUUACAAUAUAAAGUACUGUGUAGAUUUGUAUGCCCCAGAGAGGCAUGUCUCUCUACACAGCCUAUGUGCCUCAACAUUGAGCAGAAACAUCGUGAUCAUUUUGAGUCUGUUUGUGGUUUUGCUCUUUUCUCACUUAAACAUUUCAUUAGUGGGACAGCCAGGAAGGCUGUUCCUUCUGAUAUGUGUUUCUCUACCUCUGCACCAGAGGCUGAACAAAUGCCCACAAAGUUCCCACAGAUACCCUAAGAAAUCAUCAGCUGAUCUAAGCAACAUUUAGGUCCUAAAUUCACAGUCUUCUCCUUUAUGGUGUCUUUUCAAGCCUGAGCAGGUGAGAGCUAGAAGAAAGCUUGUCUUGAUUCUUUCCCUCCUAAAAUCUGUGUUAUUUACCAAUAUGAACCUUUUGGGGAUGUUAAUACAAUGGAAGUAGAGUCUAAUAUUUUCAGGUGACAAGGGUUUCGUGGUACAUCCACCUGCUUUCCAGCUGGUUAAUUUAAAGACCUCACCAACUUUGGAGAAAACACAACCUGAACUUCAGUUAACCUUCCCUGAAACUAAGUAUGAUGUAAUUAUUAAGACAAACUCAACAGGAAAUGGCAACUGAAAGAAAAACCCUUCUUUAGUGUUUCUGGGGCUGGAUAUAUCUCAGGAGCAGGUGGGAAGAACAGGAAUGGACGCUGCACCACCCUUGAUGGCACAGGUUCAACAUGCAGUUCUGGCAGGGAUUUGGAAGAGUGCGUUUGAUUUUCUGCCAAGGCAUAUCUGCUAGACCAUGUUUUACAGAUUUGUCUGAAAGAGUCUAAAACCUCUCUUUCUGUAGGUCCUUCAGAACUGUGUACAUGUCACAAAUAUUCAAAUGGUGGAAAGACAGAACCUGAAUUCUCUUCCAUUUGAAAUAUUGAUCACGUUUUAGCUAAGCUACAAAAACCAGUAUACCCCAAAUACACUUAAAAUCUCAGAAUCACUACCAAUACAGUGAGUGUGCCAUCUUAACAAACUUAACACUUAACAAACAGAACAAUCCUGACUGAGAAGAAUUUGUCUUCAUUAGAACCAGCAAAAAUGCAGAAUGAAAUGCCAAAGGAAACUGUCAUUUGUUUCUAAACUGAGACACCCAAAAUAGUGUCAAUCAACCUGUACAUGUGGGGGUAAAAAAUUCUUGACAAUAAUAAAUGCAUUUGAUUGUUAAUUGCCGUGUCCUGUAAUAUAGUAGGACAUACUGGCGAAUGUUGUAGGAAGCCUUGAGUAGUAGUUUCUUUAUUUUUGCAAAACAUACUUUCAGUAAGGUGUUAGGUGAGUGCCAGAUCAACCAGCUACAUAGGAAAUAAAUGUUGACUCUCUAAAUAAAC